AUGUCGGAUAAGCGAAGGACGGUUAAACGAGACUCCACUGAGGCAGGGCUGGGGCACAGGGCCCCACAAGGGGGCUCUGCGGAGAGCUCCCCAAGAGACCCCCAGCAAGAGCAUUUUGUGCCAGAAAAGACAGUGGCCAUUGACUUCUGGUCUCACCUGCCGAAGGAGGAGGCGGGUGGGCGGCAGGCGGACGCCCUUUCUUUGAAGGAUGCCCCGUGGGGGAAGGUGGAGGACCUUCAGGAUGCCCUGCGGGAAACCACCAGGAGGAAGAUGGGUGCUUUGUCCUGCAUCUUGUGGGACCAGGGCCCCCGGAAGAUGUGCAGCCGCCUCUACCACCUUUGCUGCCAGUGGCUGCAGCCAGAAAGGAACACGAAGGCGCAGAUGCAGGACCUGGUGAUCCUGGAGCAGUUCCUGGCCAUCCUGCCCCCCGAAAUGGAGAGCUGGGUGAGGGAGUGCGGAGCAGAGGCCAGUUCCCAGGCGGUGGCCCUGGCCGAAGGCUUCCUCCUGAGCCAGGCGGAGGAGCAGAAGGAGCAGGGAGAGAUGCAGUUGCAUCUGGUCCAGAGGCCUGACUUGAAGUCAAUCUCUGAAAAUCCCAAGGAAAGGAGGAAUCUGCCAGAUCCUUCCCAGGAGCUGCUCAUCAGGGGGAUCUUCCAUGAAGAUCAAAGUCAGGACACCUCCUCCGGGAAUGAAAAGUCGGCAUUCAUAGAUUCUUCUCCAUUUUCUGGCAGAAUUGAAAGAGCAGCUGAAUCUCCAAAUCAGGUAGGACAGGAAAUGUCAGGGAAGAUAGAUCAGUUGGAGGUCUCUUGUUAUGGGCUAUAGGCAUCAUGUUGCUGG